ACUCUCUGUUAGACGUUUUAAUGCUUCCGUCCUCCAGUCGCGCUCGGCGUGUAUAUCUCAGGGCAGAACCACUUCCGUUAUACGGCUACUUGCAUUUCCUCUUUUCUCGCCACACAUCUGCCUUACUGCUGUCCGUGACAUUGUCUUUUGCAGAGGGAGCUGAAUUUAAAAAUAGAGGAACGGUGGAGACUGAUGUGCAUGAUUCUGACUUCCUUCAAGAUGCAGACCAAGCUGUAGCUUCAAAAGCUAAUGGCAAUCUAACAUGUUUGCUGUGCGUUUGCCUGAGAGAGUUCGUUUAUUGUGAGGAGGUGUCUCCUGAAAUGUCAGCCGUGCCAGAGUUGCCGAAGGAAACAACUUAUUUCUACACACGCUUCAACAAAAUCACUAAAAUAACCAAUAAUGACUUUGCAGACAUGACCUCAUUGAAAAUAAUUGACCUAAGUGGGAAUCUCAUCACAGAGAUAGAGGACGAAGCUUUUUGCAGACUUGCAAAUCUCGAGGAGCUCAAUCUUUCAGACAACAGGCUGACUAAACUGCCCGCGCUUCCCGGGAUGCUGAGGUUUUUCAACGCAAACUCCAACAGGCUUACAUCAAAAGGUCUAAAGACCAUUGGUUUCAAGAAAUUCACAAGACUGGCGUAUCUCUACCUUGGAUACAAUAGGCUGAAAACCGUGCCUCGUCUUCCAGAGUCUCUUCACAUUGUGCACCUACAUAACAACAACAUCAAUAAAAUUACAGAGACGACAUUCUGCCAAAGAAACAAUCCUCACUACAUCCGGAGGAACUUACGAGAACUGAGACUGGAUGGAAACCCCAUCCAGCUAUGGAAACACCCGAACAGCUUCAAUUGCCUGCUCACUCUGCCAAUCGGAUGGUACAAAUGAAAUAACCAAAAUGUGAUUUUGAUCAAACGGUGAAUAAGUUAGACUUUUAUAUAACCAAUGCUGAGUUAUACUAUUCAAGCAUCACCAUAUACAUUGCUGUUGAAUUACCAGAAAAUCAAUCUCCUUUGUCAUGCAUAAUACAGUAUACAGCACCUUAUUAUAAUCACGCACCCUAAAAAUACACGCUUUGGGAGGGUUUGCCAGGUGCUACGUUGUAUUUAAAACCAGAUCAAGCGCUUCAUACAUGAAUAUGACCAUACAAUGUCAUUUAUUUAGAUUGUAAAAUAUAUAAACAAACAAUAAAAUAUGCAUGAUUUUCCCAUAAUUUCAUGGAUUUUCGAUUUGUGAUGCUGUGG